AUAUUAUUAAGUGGCAGGCAUGCUCUCUCUCUCUCUCUCUCUCUCAAAAUUGCUGAACUUUUCAAAUGCAUGCAUCUUCGGGGAACAAAGUUAUAGCCCUCCCAGGUCUUACGACGGGUCGUCUUCAUUUUUGUUCAUCCACCACGUUUCUCGCCAUUCGCAGAUCAACCAAGAACGACCCCUUUGUCCAGUCAAACCCUAAGUCACUCUCCGAGCUACUCAGCCAUCGUCCAAGGCUCCCCCAGCUCAAGCAAAUCCACGCCCAAGUUGUUGUCUUCCAAGCGGUUUCUUCCUAUCCUUCUCUACCCGACUCUCUCAUCCACUGUUACGUCUCUUCCAAGGACUUAACCAGCGCCCGAACCUUAUUUAAUUACUACCCUUUCCCUCCCCCUCCCACUUUGCUAUGGAAUAUCUUGAUCAGAGCUCAUUCCAAGUUGCGCAAUUGUCAAGAACCCUUCAAACUGUUCCGCCAAAUGCUUGCCUUAGACCCCGCCUCCCUUGUUUUCCCGGACAAAUACACGUUCACUUUUGUCGUCACUUCGUGUUCGCAUCAAGCGGACUUGGUGAAUGGAGAAAUUGUUCAUGGGAUGGCAGGGAAAAAGGGGCUCGAGUCAGAUUUGUACGUGGGCAAUGCCUUGAUCAGUAUGUAUUCUGUGUUUGGGAAAAUGGAGGAUGCCCAUAAAGUGUUUGAUGAAAUGUCUGAUUGGGAUGUGUUCUCGUGGACUAGUCUGCUUUGUGGGUAUGCAAAACAUGGGGACAUGUGUAGGGCCUGCGAAAUUUUUGUCCAGAUACCAGUGCGUAAUAGUGUAUCUUGGACCGUUAUGAUUUCCGGUUUUGUUGGAGCUGGAAAGUAUGUCGAAGCGCUUAAUAAUUUUCAUGACAUGCUAUGCGAUGAUAAGGUCCAGGCCAAUGAGGCCAUUAUCGUCUGUGCACUCUCAGCUUGUGCUCAUCUCGGGGCCUUAGAUCAAGGAAAUUGGAUUCAUGUUUAUAUAGGCAAGCUUAGAAUUCCAGAGAGCUCAAACAUUUGUACUGCUCUCAUUGAUACGUAUGCUAAAUGUGGGAGGAUAGAUUGUGCUACUCGAGUUUUUAAUGGACUCUCUAGACGGGACGUUCACAAUUAUACGAGUAUGAUUUCAGGCUUAGCGAUUCAUGGACUUGGUAAGGAUGCUUUGCAUGUUUUCCACCAAAUGUUGGCUGAGAAUGUAGAUCCCAAUGAGGUCACCUUGCUGGGGGUUUUAAAUGGUUGUAGCCAUUCUGGACUUGUAGAGGAUGGUUCUUCAAUCUUCUACAAUAUGGAGAGCUUGUGGGGGGUUAUGCCCAAAAUUGAGCACUAUGGGUGUUAUGUUGAUCUACUCAGCCGUGCAGGUUGCUUAGAAAGGGCAUUCGAUAUGGUCAAGAGCAUGCCUAUGAACCCUGACAUUGUUAUAUGGAGGGCUUUGCUUAACGGCUGCAGAAUCCAUCGAAAUGCUAAUCUUGCGGAGUGCAUUGUAAAUCACAUCGGACAAGUGGUCUCUCGUGGUUGUAAUGGGGGUGAGGUGCUUCUUUCGAACUUGUAUGCUUCUCUAGGUAGAUGGGAAGGAGUGGCUCAAGUGAGGAAGCUAAUGGGUGAAAGAAAGGCAGAAUCAAACCUUGGGCUCAGUUGGAUUGAGUUGGGUGGUGUUUUUCACGAGUUCCAAGUUGCUGAUAGCUUGCAUCCACAGAUAACAGAAAUACGGCACAAGUUGAAGGAAGUUAUGGAGAAGGCAAGGCUGGGAGGCUAUGUUGCGAAUACGAUGCAAGUUUCAUUUGAUUUGAAUGAGGAAGACAAAGAGCAAGCUGUGGCCUGGCACAGUGAAAAGUUAGCUGUCGCUUUUGCCCUGAUGAGCACUCCACCAGGGACUUCGAUUAGAAUAGUAAAAAAUUUGAGGACUUGUGAAGAUUGCCACACUGCGCUGAAGGCCAUCUCCAAAGUUUAUGGCCGAGAAAUUAUUGUAAGAGACCGAUCUCGUUUCCACUCUUUCAGGCAGGGAGAUUGUUCGUGCAAUGAUUACUGGUAGUUAUUUGUUCAUUUAUGUUUGUAAUGGGACACAUUGCAAGUUGAACGAGGACAUAUAAUCAAUAUUCCAGAUCAAUAUCCUCCAAACAUUUUGAUGGACCACCUGUAAUUGUCAACAAAGGAGGUGUUUUAAAAACUGGAAUGGAGCUGCUCUUCUUCUAAGGACCUCAAGUACCUGUUAGACAAAUAAAUGAGCUUCCCUUUCCUUCAACACAAAAGCAGUUAUUAUUAUUGCACUGGAAAAGACACAUAGAAAGAGGAAAGAUGCAACAAACAUGUCCACCCAUCCUUGACAUACCAGGGCCAGUCAGCUUGAAGAUUUUUGACCAUUUAUGUUACGAGGAAGGCAUUUUCCUUGAUGAGGUAGAGGAUACUGCUUCUACUAGCAGAAUGAUGUGCACCAUUAUUGAGCAGAAGCUCAGCACCCUCAAGAAAGUCACAGGUUCAUAUCGAUUGGAGAAAUGGAGUUGGUGCUAAUUAAGUAGGGAUGCGUACCAUAUGCUUAUGAAAUAGACCUUUAGAUUUGGAAGCGUCCAAUCUUGCUAGGAUGUCUAUUUUUGUCCAAUUUAGUGAGAUGUUGUCAGUGAUUUCUCGAGAAAAAUCUUAAUCUUGUGGGAUAAAUUUUUUUUCUCUUUCUUUCUUUCUUAAUCUUAAUCUUUCUUUUUUUUUUUUUCUAUCUUUAAGGAUGUCAAGAUACCCUUAUUUUUACGGAAAUGGCUCAAGGUGACAUCUGUUGUGGAGGAGAGUGAUGAUAUGGUCAUUGUUGUCGAGGAUAAAGGGCCACCUGGCAUUUGAUUAUAUAUUUCUUAAAUUAUCAGCCAUUUUUUUAAAUGGAUAGAAUAACGCAUAUUUUGAACUUUCUGAAGUUGAAGUUCUGCUAACUCUAGCUCUUGCAGGAAUACCCUUCAAAAUUUUUGAAGUUACUGAACAACUCCA